AUGCAAUUAAUGAUUGAUUUUAGAAUUAAUUUCAUUAUUAAUUAUGAGAAAACUAGAAAAUUAAACAGGAGAAUAAGCUAGUGCAUUCAAAAAUAAGCUCAAAAAGCAAAGGGAAAUAGAACAGUCUUCGAGGCAGACUGUAACUAUAUUAUUAUAUUUAUAGUAAAUUUUAAUGGAGCUCCAAAAAAAUUUGUUAAAUUAAAUGAGUCUAAAUAGACUUUGAAAUCAAUUAAAGAUUAAAUUGAUUAUUUUGGAUAUGAGAUUGAACUUUUUAAUAUUAAGAAUGAAAGAGAUGUUGGUAAAUUUGAUGAUAGUGGAUAUUUUAUAUUUGAUAGAGCUAAAGAUAAAUCAGUAAAGUAUAUUUACUGUUUUACAAUAGUGAUGCUUGGCUUGAUUAAUUAGAUUAAAGUAAUAUAAGAAAAUAAAGAAGAAGUAGAAGUAGUAGAGAAUUAAUAAACAACAGAGAAGUAGAAAUAAUAGGAGGAACCUAAAGAAAAUCAAGAUGUUAAAUUGGAAUAGCUUUCAAUUGAUUAAUUAAAGGAAAUUCGUUAUGAACUUCUUGAAACAAAUGAAAAUGCAUCCUAAGCUAUGAAGAGGGUUAGAACAAAAUUAGCAAAACUAUAGAAAAAAGUGUUUAAGAAAAAUGUAAGAAAAGGAAAUUCUAAAUAAAAUUAAAACUAAAUGACAUAAGAAAAUAUUUAUGAUGCUUAUGAUGAAUCAAAAUAAACUUUGGAUAUUUUAGUUGAUAUCUGUAAUACUAUAGUCAAGAAAUCAAAUGAUCCUUCGAUUUAUUAUAUAAAAAAAAAGAAGAAUUAAUACCUCAAAAGUAUCCCAUUUAGAACAGGAUGA